UUUCUAUAAAGCCAGAUAAAUUAGUUUCUUUCAAAAUGCUGUGGAAAUGACAGAUUUCUUUAACUUUCAUACAGGCGGGUAUCUUUUCUUGACCCUCUGUUCUGGGAGAUGAGGUUGUCUUGAGGCUGCAUUGAGACAAACCACUAGAGGGUGUCAUUUGAUAUUACCCAACCCUCCCCAGAGAUACUAACCUGCUAUGCUGACUAGCAUGAGACCUUUCUGCGGUACAUCCUGCUAAUAAAAGUGUUUUCUGCUGUAUGGAUCAUCUGAGGUGACGGUACAAUGCUUCACCACUUCUUAGUUCAUGCAGCUUUUCAGACCAGCAGGUGGCUUCCAAGAGAUCAAAGGUUAAAAUUUCAGAUUGUUCUUUUUAUUUUUGUGGUGCUUUUCCUGGCACCACAGUUUUAUGUUUUGUCAAGGCCAAAAACGUCUCGUUAUUGUGAAAAGCCACUGUUGAACAAUCUCAUAGCCUUCAUUGUGUUCUCCUUCAUAGCAACAGGUUUGGCUGUAGCGCUUACACUCACUGACCCAGUUCCCAAGAGCAUCAGGGCAGCUUUUCAUUCAUUUGGGCUGCUCACAUUUGUCCAGGGACUCUGUACAGUCAUUCUUACCCUGUCUGCACCACAGUGUGCAAAGACCACCACGGAAUUGUACAUAUUUUCAUUGGUAGUCUCUUGGGCCUGCAUACUCUCAACAGCUUUCUUUCUGGUUAGAGGAGGUCUUUGCCUGAUCCACAGACUGUUUCCUCAUUGGUUAAGAGAUGCCUGCCUCUGGGGUUGAAAAUGAGCCACUUCUGCAGUAUGGCCUUCUACUGACACUUAAUACAGCUGGUCUGACAGUUUUUUGUCAAGGGCCUGAGCACUGUAAAGGUUGUGACCAAAUGGCUUCUCCAGUACCACCCUGAGCCAUGCGUCAGAUGCGGGGCGGCAGGUGUUGUUGAUCUUCUCUGCAAUGUCUGCAUAU